GCUGCUUUCUUGCUAAUGUGAUGUACCUCUCUGUUGAACUCAGGUUCACGUAACGCCCGGGGACCAGGGACGCACACGUAGCACUUGUGUGGUGCUGGGACCGACCUUCUGAAGGAAGACUCUCAAAUACUGCUUUUUAUCUUCAUCCUGGGACUGACUUGUCUUUGGAGAAGAGCUCGACAGAGGAAAGAGAUUUUUACUUCGGAGCCUUUAUAAGUGAAUUUAUUUAAAGAACUUGCUGGAGACCCUUCUGCAGAUUGAGUCCUGCUCUUCACCAGUGUUUGCACUUCAGACUGUAAACAAUGAGCGAGUUCUGGUUGUGUUUCAACUGCUGUAUUGCAGAACAGCCCCAGCCUAAACGACGACGGCGGAUUGACCGAAGCAUGAUCGGAGAGCCAACAAACUUUGUCCACACGGCCCACGUGGGAUCAGGAGACCUGUUCAGCGGGAUGAACUCGGUGAGCUCCAUCCAGAGCCAAAUGCAGUCCAAGGGCGGCUACGGCGGCGGCAUGUCUGCGGGCGUGCAGAUGCAGCUGGUGGACACGAAGGCRGGAUAGCCCCGGGGCACCUUCCCGGUUCCUGUGAGUUCCUGUGUCUUCUUCCCUGUGUCCCCUCCUUUGCCUUGGUGACUGCUUUCUGUGCUCAUGCCGAGAGAGAAGUGAUGGCUCGUUGUUCGCCCCUCGUGAUUACUCCAGUGAAAUGUGGCUGUUCUGCUCUGGUGAUGCCAUUUCUCAGAUUGGUCCUUCCGUGCCUUUCAGUGGCAUGCAUACAUUGGCCUCUACCAGCACUAUUGAGAUAGAGCUGUUUAGGAUUUAUGAUUCUUUUUAGCUUUUUUUUUUUUUUAAUUUUCGAUUUAAAGCAAGUUAAAGCAUCAACUGUAGCUUCCCUCACCCCUCUCACAAAUACUAAUGCAUAGCAUUCAGUUGCUCAUUAUCCUUUAAAUCUCUUCCUCUGCCCAAGUAACUUAGAAUCGAGUGAGUUUCCAUUAAAGUUUUUAAUCUUGCACCGUUCAUACGCAUUUUUGAAAGGUCCGGGACCUGCAAGCACAAAUGAUGUUUCCCACAAAAUCAGCAGAGUAGAUGACCGCAUGCCUUGUGAAGUUGCUUUGUAUGGUGGCCCCUUCGGAGCCAGAUAGAAAUAAAUUGCUUGCUGCGGACUGAUGAUACUGUUGCUGGUGAAAAGUUUAGCUGUGGCACCACGUCAUGCCUGUCUCUGAAAGAGGACGUGUAACUUAGCUGCUUCAGAGUUAUGUCUUUAUUUUUAGUUUUUAUCCAACUGGUCUUGAAAUAAUAAAGAGAGAGCUUGCAUUCUUAAGGCAAUU